UGGUUACGUGAUAGCCGCUCUUAAAAAAUUCGUCAUCCCUAACAGUAAGUAGUUAUUACAAUUUUCCAGAAAUCUGCAGAAAAUUCAGGCUCGAGUAAAUCAUAUUUCUUCAACAAUUCAAUCAAGCAAUCAUUGUAUAAUUAACUAGUUAUGGCGGCUACCACAGAGGAUUUUGAUCAAUUUGAAGAUGAUCUUCAAGAAAGUCAGGAACCUCAAAGUGGCGAUAAAAGAAAGCGCUUAUUUUCAAAAGAACUUCGUUGUAUGAUGUAUGGAUUUGGUGAUGAUCAGAACCCUUACACAGAAUCAGUAGAUCUACUAGAAGACCUUGUAAUAGAGUUUAUAACUGAAAUUACUCAUAAAGCAAUGGAAAUAGGACGUACAGGGCGUGUUCAAGUGGAAGAUAUUGUUUUUCUUGUAAGAAAAGAUCCUCGAAGAUAUGCAAGAGUUAAAGAUUUGUUAACAAUGAAUGAAGAACUGAAGAAAGCCCGUAAAGCUUUUGAUGAGGUUAGCACCAAUAGGUUAACAAUAUUUUUGAACUUGCGGAAAGAUGAAAUUUGUUCGAGACCAAAUUUGAAUCUGAUGUUAUCACGAAGAUUACUUAUUAGUCUGGCUAUAGGUGCAUAAUUUGGGAAAAAUGUUUGAAAAUAAUCUAUCAAGCCAAGAAACUCUGAACUUGUUUGAGUUUGUGGGAAACUUUGAACAACUUGCAUCUUAAAAGGUAAAGGUUUGAUUGUCC